GAGGCUGGUUGAGGCCCCAGUCACGGCCCCGUGGGCCUGUCCCGCCGCGGGGGGGUUGGGUGGAGGGGCCUUCAGGGCCUAAGUGCUGGGCUUGUGCCUUCCCGGGGUGCAGCAGCACGCCCUGGCCUGCCCUCGCACCCCGCUCUGAGGCAGGGCCUGGCCCUCCCGCUCCCGCCGGAGGGGUGUCCCGGUGCCCGCCAGCCUUUGCCUCUCCCGCUGUCUUUCAGGCAGGGCCAUGGCGGAGGCCGGCGGUCCUACGCGGCUGCUGGAGGUGUGCGGGCAGAGGCUGUCCCGGUUCCUCCACAAUGCCGAGCACAAGCACCUGGCCUGGCUGCGGGAGGUGGAGGAGCAGGGCCUGAGGAUGCUGGAUAGCAACUUUGGGGCUGAACCUGAAUUAAUGCCCAAAACACCAUCACAGAGGAGGCGUCCCAAGAAAAGGCAGUCUUCCUGCCUGAAAGAUGAAAAUAAGGAACCAAACAGGAGGAGGCUGUCCAGAAGGAGAAGCAGCAUCAAGCCAGUGUCUUCCAAGCCAAGUUCCCAAAGGCGCCCCAGCAAAGAGCGAGCCCAGAAUGCCAGCCAUCAGGGGGAAGAGGUGUCUGUGCCCAGCUCUGCAGCGAGCUCCCAGGCUGGUGUUAAAACUGAGCUCCCAGCGCUGGCUGGGAAACGGCCGGCAGAAGGUCCCGCGGCGAAGACGGAUAAUCAGGACUGCCCUCAGGGUGCCGACAGCAGUGAUGCAGCCUGUGCAGCCGGGGAGCUGUUGCCCGAGGGGGAUGCAGGCAUUGAGCUGCAGGAUGGCAGCAGGGAGGCAGAGGAAGCCCCCAAAAGAAAAGCAAGCACCUCCACUCCCAAGGCUGCUAGAAAUGGAGAUCCUGCCAUGCUCCAAGGAGAUCGGUCUCCUCAAGGCCUCGAAAAGGUGCUUUUCCAGGACUCUGACAGCAAAACGAACACAGUGAGAUCCAAAACACGCCGUUGCUCUGGACGCCGAAGCUUUGUCGGUGGCCCCCACAAGAGCCGUAGGGCCUCCUUGGCAGAAAAAUAUUCGCUGGCCAGCAAAAGAGAGAGCAUGAUCCGGAGGUCUAUCAGCAGGGCCAUUUCAAAGAAGGCAGCGGCGCGAGAAUCAUCCUCUGCUUCCAGCAGAGUGAGCUGUCAAAGCUCCUUGGAGGCUUUUGUGGAAGAGGAUGUGACCAGCAGCGUGAGACCUGGACUGGAACUGAAUCCCCCGAGUGAAAAGACUCCUGAAGAUGUCCUCAUUUCAAGCAAAAGCGUAAGAGCUGGCAACCCUCCUGCACAGCACUUACCUCCUCCUGAGCAGCAGGCAGGGAACAGGGAAGGAAACUGUGUAAAUCCCAACAGUGAACCCCAGAAUGAGAACCAGGAACAACCCCACUGUGCCAAGUCCCAGGAGAAUCCCUCACGCAUCUGGACAAGAAGCUAUAAACAAGCAAUGGGGGUUAUAUGGAAUGGGCAGCAGACAGGGGUUCGUACCCUUUCCCCUUUGGAUGACAAGCACAAGAAUUCAGCAAACCAGACUCCACCUUCUUCCUCUCCAGCUAGCAAGGUGGUUAGACCAUGGAAAAACUUCCUGCAGGCUGUGCAGCGAAACCAGCUGCUCACGAGCCCAGGGCCCACAGGACGUGGGGGCGUCGUGAAGAACUUCAUCAAACGCAACACUCCCACCCGACCUGAUCUUAAGGGAGACUUUGUUGAGAAGGAGCGGCAGAGACUGGAAAGCCUCAGGAAGAAGCAGGAGGCUGAGGAACAGAGGAAAAAGAAAGUGGAGGAGGAAAAGAGACGGCGGCAGGCAGAAAUGAAGCAGAAGAGGGAAGAGCGUCUGAGGAAGGCACUGCAGGCUCGGGAGCGGGUGGAACAAAUGGAAGAAGAGAAGAAAAAGCGGGUGGAGCAGAAGCUUUUACAGAAUGAUGAGAAGGUGCGCCUCUCGCAAGGGCGGGAAGAGAAAGUGGCAGAGGAGCGGAGCAAGAAAAAGCUGUCGAAGAAGCAUGGGGAAGCUGAUACACGGAAGCAGAAGGCACUGAGGGUGGAGGAAGAUGAAUUUGAGCAGCAAGAACCACUGCAGAAAAGGAGAGAGGAUGAAGUGAAAGAAAAAGGAAAGAAAGUCUUGGAACUGAAAAAUCUUGUAGAGCAGCAACAGCUGGAACAAGCGAAGGAGAGGGAUCACAAACAGCGAGGGAAAGAGAAGGGACCCCAACCACAGCUGGAGUCACCAGUGUUUACUGAAAAAAACAUAAAGGAGGAAGAGAGCCCAAAAAGGCUCUACCAGCUGCCUGGGCAGGAGAAGAGAGCCAAGCAACCAGAAUCCACUGCCGUGGCUUCUAAUGCCAGGCUCAAAGCAGUAAAGGAAGAAGAUGGUCUGCAGAAGCCCCAGCAGCAGCUGGAAGAGGAGAAAAAAAUCAGGCAACCAGAAGCAUUGACUGCUGCCUGUGGCACAUGGCUGAGCAAAACUGUGAAGAAAUCGAUCUCUGCAUCCUGCUUGGGGCCCCUGAAGGGCACAAUGGAAUCCACAUCCCUGAAGGUAAACGAAAAUAACUACGGGAUGGAUCUGAACAGCGACGACUCCACAGAUGAUGAAAAUGAGCCUCGGAAGCCUGUCCCUGCCUGGGCUGAUGGGUCUCAGCUUAAUCAAGCCAUUUUACACCAAUACUAUCACCCAGUGAAUGUUGACCAACUCUUUGGGCUAAUUCCAAGCCCGAAGCUGGAGGAUAUUUUCGGCAAGAGCAAGCCCCGCUACUUCAAGCGCACGAGUUCAGCAGUCUGGCAUUCCCCGCCUGGGACCAAAUCUACCUGCGGCCCGUCUUGCAACUUCAAAAACUGAGAGCGCAAAGAAAUGUGUUUUAUAACAGUAUGGUGCAUCAGUGUGUUUUCUUAGCAUGCAGCAUAUUUAAAUUUUAAGCUUUUUUUAAUACAAAUAAAGAUAUUGAA